AUGAACGAGGACGACUAUGACGAGAACGGCGCAAGUUCCGCCGAGGACGAGGACGAGCAGGAGCAGGAGGAGAACGACGCCAUGGACAUCGACGAGGACGAGGGCGGCGACGACGAUGACGACGCAGACAACGAUGACGAUGAUGCAGAGGGCGACAAUGACGACGACGACGAUCAGGACCAGGACCAGGACCAGGACCAGGACCAGGACCAGGACCAGGACGGCGAUGGCGACGGCGACGGCGACGGCGACGGCGACAAUGACAACGACAACGACGGCGACGGCGACAACGACAACGAUGACGAGCAGGACGAGCGCCACAGCCUCCCCAACAGCGGCACUCCAGGCCCCUCCAACUCGAACCCCCGCGUGACACGCACCUCCCCCAGCCCAACGGCGGCAGCGGCAGCGGCAGCGGCAGCGGCAGCAACAGGCGCGCUGGGCAGCCGGGGCAGCCUGUCCUUCCGGCCCAGCGUGCGCCCCGAGGCCAUCACGACGCCCGUCUACGACAUCAUCCCGACCAUCGCGGCGCCGCACAGCACGUCCAUCAACGCCAUCACGGCCACGCCCGACAUGCGCUGGGUCUUCAGCGGCGGCGCCGACGGCUACAUCCGCAAGUUCAACUGGAUCGACACGGCCAACGGCAAGCUCGCCCUGACCGUCGCCCAGCGCCACCCCUUUGUCGACUCGGUCACCAAGGCCGGCGUGCUGCUGUCGUACUGGGAGAACGAGGACAGCACCCCCGGUGCCGACGCGCCCUCGCCCGUCUACUCGCUGGCCGUCCACCACCAGUCGCUGUGGCUGCUGUCCGGCACCGAGGGCGGCGCCAUCAACCUGCAGUCGGUGCGCCACAACGAGGGCCACCGCAUCCACACCCUGCGCGCCCACUCCUCGGCCGUCUCCGUCCUGACCCUGGCCCACGACGAGACGUCCGUCCUGAGCGGCAGCUGGGACAAGACCAUCCACGACUGGGACCUGAACACGGGCGCCAUCAAACGCACCUUCUCCACAACCGGCACCCAGAUCUCCGCCAUCGAGCAGCGGCCCCUGUCCACCCUGCCCGUCCCGCAUGACACCGACGCACUCUCGCUCUCCAGCACCACCUUCUCCUCCAACAACGCCGCCCGCCCCCGCCCCUACGGCGCCACCGACGCCGCAUCCCGUCCCACCGCGCUAAAGGACGAGCCCUCCAACGACGACGCCUCCGGCUCGCCCGACGACUCGCUCUUUGGCGACGGCGGCGACAAGGACUCGCUGUUUGGUGAUGGCGCCGACAACAACCCCUCGGCCGCCCUCCCUGGCAUGGGCGACGACGACGACGAUGACGAGUUCUCGCGCGCCAUCGCCAACGGCAUCCAGGCCGCCGCCGACGACAACAGCGCCGACAUGGACAUGAUGGACAUGGGUGGGCCCGUGCAGGCGCCUGACACGCAGACACAGCCAGAGCCACAGCCGCCCCCAGACGAGCCAGCCAAGUCGCCGUCCGCAGCCCUGCCAACCCAGCCCUCGGACCCCACGCCGCUCACCAACGGCCUGCCCCACGCCGAAGAAAUCACCCCCGCUGCGCCCUCCGCCCCGUCCCUCCCGCCAUCCUCCGAGUCUACCUUCCUCUCCGCCAGCAUCGAUGGCUCCAUCUCCAUCUGGGACCGCCGCCAGCCCUCACCCCUGGCGCGCCUGCAGCCUCCGCGUGGGACCCCGCCUUGGUGCAUGAAUGCGUGCUGGUCGCCCGAUGGCAACUACAUCUACGCCGGGCGGCGCAACGGCACCGUCGACGAGUACAGUCUGCACAAGGGCUUCCGCGAGCCCGAGCGCUCCUUUAGAUUUCCCGGCGUCAGCGGGCCCGUAAGCGCAGUGCGCAGCAUGCCCAACGGGCGGACGCUUGUGUGCGCCUCCUAUGACAUCCUCCGCCAAUACGACCUCACGCACACGACAAACUCAUCCCUCGGCUCUAACCCCUCGCAAAACACAUCGGCAACCCCCUUCCUCAUCGUCCCCGGCCACCGCACCGGCGUCAUCUCCCAGCUCUACCUCGACCCCACCUGCUCCUUCAUGAUCAGCACCGGUGGAAAUCGCGGCUGGGAGGGCGCCACCACCGAGGUCCUGCUGGGCUAUGAGAUUGCGUACGGCAGCUAG